UGCACACGUGUGGGAACCGUGUCGUGGGUGUGCGGGUGCAGUGCACUGUGUCCGUGUCAGGUGCACCAGGUGUUGUACACGCGUGUCCUAAGUGUGCAGAGCAGUCGGCCUCCCCACAGUCCCGUGGGGACAAACACUGGUCCCCAAACCCACCCCCAGUAAACGCCUGGCAGGCCUGGCCGAGACGCCCAGAGCCCCACCCCAGCCACGCCGCCAGCCAGCUCCCCGGGGUGCACGCCCACCCCGGAGCAUGGCACCGGUGUGGCCCCCAGGUGCGGGGGAGGGGCCCCGGAACUGCUGCCCGCCGGCGGUGCACCUGGAGCUGGCAGAGCUGCUGCAGCCCAUUUGGUUACAGCCUUUCCUCCCUCCUUUGCAUGCGGCCCCCCUGCAAGCCCAGCUAAGAGCCCUGUCUCCACAGGGCGGCACGUGCCUGGGCAGGUGCCCGGACCUGGGGGGGACAGCCAGCCCCAGGGCUCCCGAUGCUUCCAGGCCUUGGGUCCGGGGCGGAGGCGCCAGGCAGAGCCCCAAGGUGCACUGUUCCUGGGCAGGCUGAGAGGCCCCCACUCCAGGAUGGUCCCCACCCCAGCCUCAGGGUAGAGGCCGGGCCGGAGGGAGGACCCCCUCAGAGUGGCCCCUGUGGUCGCCUCCUGGCUGCUGAGGUGCCACCCAGGGCUGCAGAGCAAAGGGGUUGCUGGCUCCCCAGGCACUGGCUCCGAGACCCUCCCACAGGCGGCCGGAGAGCCUGGGACUCUCAGGCGGAGAAGUCCUGGGCGUCCCUCUCCCUGUCCAGGAGCGGGAUGGGUGCCGAGGGGCUUGGGCACAGCAAGGCAUCAAGGUCACAGUCGGCGGCUGCUCAGAGCCUGCCCGCCCGAGCCAUUGCUGGCCAGCGUUGGUGGCAUCUGGCCAACAGAAACGGACGUGUGGGGACCUCAGGCCCGGAAAAGCGAGGGCGUCCUCGGGGGCCACUGGGCUUGGCAGGUGAGUUUUGCUAAACAAAUCUUCCACCCCUCCCAGCCCCAACUCACCAUAUCUGGGCCCCCACCAGCUCGCCCACCGGCCAUCCCUGCAGAGGCCGCCACCCGCCAUGCCAGGCCUGGCUCUCUUGGGCCUCUGUGCUCUGCUGGGCCUGGGGGCGGGGGCCCCGCUGUGCCUGUCCCGGCAGCUCAGGAUGCGGGGGGACUACGUGCUGGGGGGGCUCUUUCCCCUGGGCUUGGCUGAGGAGACAGGCCUCCGCGACAGGACACAGCCCAACACCACCGCGUGCACCAGGUUCUCGUCGCUCGGGCUGCUCUGGGCGCUGGCAGGAAAGAUGGCCGUGGAGGAGAUCAACAGAGGGUCCACCCUGCUGCCCGGGAGGCUCCUGGGUUAUGACUUCUUCGACACGUGCUCGGACUCCGUGGUGGCCAUGAAGCCCAGCCUCAUGUUCAUGGCCGAGGCAGGCGGCCGCGAUGUCGCUGCCCGCUGCGACUACGCGCAGUACCAGCCCCGCAUGCUGGCCGUCAUCGGGCCCCACUCGUCCCAGCUCGCCCUCGUCACCGGCAAGCUCUUCGGCUUCUUCCUCAUGCCCCAGGUCAGCUACGGCGCCAGCAUGGACAGGCUGAGCGACCGGGAGGCCUUCCCGUCCUUCUUCCGCACGGUGCCCAGCGACCGAGUGCAGGCGACGGCCAUGGUGGAGCUGCUGCACACGCUCCGCUGGAACUGGGUGGCCGCCUUGGGCAGCGACGAGGAGUACGGCCGGCAGGGCCUGAGCCUCUUCUCCAGCCUGGCCAGCACGAGGGGCAUCUGCAUCGCGCACGAGGGCCUGGUGCCGCUGCCUGGAGCCGCGGGCCGGGACCUGGACGCCGUGCAGGAGCUGCUGCACCAGUUGAACCAGAGCAGCGUGCAGGUGGUGGUCCUCUUCUCCUCCCCCGAGGCCGCCCGCACCCUCUUCAGCCACAGCAUCCACUGCAGGCUCUCGCCCAAGGUGUGGGUGGCCAGUGAGGCCUGGCUGACCUCGGACCUGGUCAUGACCCUGCCCGGCAUGGCGCAGGUGGGCACCGUGCUGGGCUUCCUGCAGCGGGGCGCCCCGAUGCCCGACUUCUCGUCCUACGUGCAGACCCGCCUGGCCCUGGCCGCCGACCCCGCCUUCUGCGCCUCACUGGAGGAGCAGCAGCCGGGCCUGGAGGAGCACGUGGUGGGGCCGCGCUGCCCCCAGUGCGACCACACCUCGCUGGACAAGGUGUCCACCGGCCUCCCGCACCACCAGACCUUUGCGGCCUACGCCGCGGUGUACAGCGUGGCCCAGGCCCUGCACAACACGCUGCUCUGCAACGCCUCGGGCUGCCCCACACGGGAGCCUGUGCAGCCCUGGCAGGUGAGGGGGUGCGGUGUGAGCUGCGCCGGCCCUGCGUGCCUCCUGCACCGACGGGGGUGGGGGUCUGGGCCUCGGGCGGCUGGCCUGGCCCCGCCCACCGCUGCGCAUGCCCAGCAGCUCCUGGCGAAGAUGUACAACAUGAGCUUCCGGGUGCGAGGCCUCACGCUGCGGUUCGACGCCAGCGGGAAUGUGGACUUGGACUACGACCUGAAGCUGUGGGUGUGGCGGGACCCGACGCCCGAGCUGCGCACCGUGGGCAGCUUCGAUGGCCACCUGCGGCUGCAGCGGUCCCAGAUGCGCUGGCACACGCCGAGUAACAUGGUGAGAGGCACAGGGCAGCUCAGGACCGAGGUCUGCCCCGCCUGGGGGCGGGGGCGGGGGCGGCAGCCCAGCGGAGCCUUAGUCCUGAGGCCCCGCCAGGUGCCGGUGUCCCAGUGCUCGAGGAGCUGCGAGGAUGGCCAGGUGCGCCGCGUGAAAGGCUUCCACUCCUGCUGCUACGACUGUGUGAGCUGCACGGCCGGCAGCUACCGGCGCAGCGCAGACGACCUUGUCUGCACCCAGUGUGAGCGGGACCAGUGGUCACCGGACAGGAGCGCACGCUGCUUCCCCCGCAGGCCCAAGUUCCUGGCGUGGGGGGAGCCGGCCACACUGCUGCUGCUUGUGCUGCUGGGCCUGGCGCUGGGCCUGGCGCUGGCGGCCCUGGGGCUAUUCGUCCAGCACCGGGACAGCCCCUUGGUCCAGGCCUCGGGCGGAUCGAGGGCCUGCUUCGGCCUGGCCUGCCUGGGCCUCGUCGGCCUCAGCGCCCUCCUGUACCCCGGCCGGCCCCGCCCCGCCCAAUGCCUGGCCCAGCAGCCGCUGCUGCACCUCCCGCUGGCCGGCUGCCUGAGCACCCUUGCCCUGCAGGCAGCUGAGGUCUUCGUGGAGUCGGAGCUGCCGCCGAGCUGGGCCGACCGGCUGCGUGGCCACCUGCGGGGGCCCCGGGCCUGGCUGGCAGUGCUGCUCGCCGUGCUGGUGGAGGCCGCGCUGUGCGCCUGGUCCCUGGGGGCCUUCCCGCCCCAGGUGGUGACGGACUGGCAGGUGCUGCCCACGGAGGUGCUGGUGCACUGCCGCAUGCACUCCUGGGUCGGCUUCGGCCUGCCGCACAGCGCCAACGCCGUGCUGGCGUCCCUGUGCUUCCUGGGCACCUUCCUGGUGCACGGCCGGCCCGGCCGCUACAACGGCGCCCGCGGCCUCACCUUUGCCGCGCUGGCCUACUUCAUCCCCUGGCUCUCCUUUGUGCCCCUCUUUGCCAACGUGCACGUGGCCUACCAGCCCGCUGUGCAGAUGGGCAUCAGCCUGCUCUGUGCCCUGGGCAUCCUGGCCACCUUCCACCUGCCCAAGUGCUACGUGCUGCUGUGGCGGCCGGAGAGCAACACCCCCGAGGUCUUCCUGGGAGGGGUUCCUGGCGAUGCCAGAGGGGGAGGCGGCAGCGGGGGAGGACAGGAGACCGAGCAAAAACCAGUGACCCGUGACCUGGCGGCCCCGCCCCACUGAAACCAGACCCGAUCUCCGUGCGGCAACCCGACGGCUGGGUCAGACUCUGCUGAGCCCUGCGCCCCCACCUCUAGAUCCUGUUCCCGGGCCGACUGCUGGCCUUGACCAGAUGACCCUGGGCCUGCACAGGCCCUGUGAGGUCUCACCACCUGGGACCCCCACAGGGAAAAGGGCUAGGGGGCUCCCGAGCCCCUGCAGCCCACACCACGUUCAGGGAAGCCCCACAGGUGGGCCACUCGGAGCUGAAGGUGGGCACCCCUCUCCCCCGGCUGGGCAGAGCCUGGGCCCCCCACCAGCGCCCCACCAAUCAUCGCUGGAGCGGGAGGCCGGCGAGAAGCUGGGGCUGCCCAACCACGAGCCCCAGCGCAGAAGAGAGGCCCACUGGUGGGGAGGGGCACCAGCUUCCCACUCUCCCGGCCUGAGUGGGUAGAACGGGUCAACCCACCACCAGCACCGUGGACAGGGCCCAGCCAAGGUCGGGGGUCAGCACCAAGGCCAGCGCCGGCCGCCGAGUGGGGACCCCUGGAGCCCGCGCUUCGCACUGAAGACUUUCUGCCAGGACCUGGCUGGCUGCCAGCACGGGUCAGCGCCUUUCCACCGAGCCGGGACCCCAAGGACAGUGCC